CCACGAUAAAUCGACCAGGAUGAACACUUCCGAUAGUAGUGGAUCAGUAGCAUCUACAUCCACAUUGGGGUCUCGUAAUAUUCCAAACGGAUCAGUGAGGAUUCUCAAGGGAAAGGGGAAAGAGAAGAUGGAACAAUUCACUUUUACAUUGGGCAAAUUGGAUGCUGGAAUGGCCAUUUUAUUAGGUCCAAACGCUCAUCUAUUGGAAUUUCCAUCAUUGUUGCUUCCCACGCCCUCACCAGGCAAUCCACCUCUUGGACCAGGAUCAAUUUUGACCAUCACAGUAUCUCGUGACCUUGCCGCUGAGGCUGAAGCUCAUCGUAUAUUCGAGAAAUUACAAGAUGAUAUCCUGUCGACUUAUACCAUCCCACCUCAAACCCCAGUUUUGAGAAUAAGAAAUGUGACACAGACCAGUGUGUGUGUGGAGUGGGACAAGUUGGAUAUUGGUAGUAGCACCUUUCGAGCACUUGAGAUGUUCAGGAAUGGACAACGAUGGGGUAGAGUAGGGGGGGAAUGGGGUAGAAAAGAAAGAGAGAAAAGAGAAUGGAAAACUGGUGGGUUACAAAGUGGUGAUGAGUAUUCAUUUCAAUUGGUUCUAAAAACAACGGCGGGAAUAUAUCGUUCAAACAUCUUGCGAGUACGUACACACACCAUGGACAAUCUCACCGGAUUGUUAAUACAUUUCGGACCUAUCGAACCUCCCUCCUUACUCGAUCAAUUGCGUCGAUGUCUUCAGCAAAUCGGAGCUAGAGAAAGUCCCACUGUGGCACUGGAUACCACUCAUUAUGUCUGCACUGGUGUGGAGGAUACACGGGAUAGGAAUUAUCAAGAGGCUUUGAGGGUAAAUCUACCCUUGGUGGUUCCGGGAUGGCUUCUGGCCGUAGCUGGGGAACGCAGACUCGUUCCCAUUUCUAGUUACAUCCUUCCAACCCCAGUAGCGAGCUCCGCCCCAGCACCAGCUCCUGCACCUUUCAAACGACCAGAACCUCUCAAGAGAUCUUCUCUACCUUUUUCAGCUCCUUCGUCUCCCAUCCGUGAGAAUACAGAAGAGAUUCGUCGUUCACCUAGUCCGGAGACGAUCGCACGUAUGAGCAUGACUGGGUCGCGCUUGCCCAGUCAGCCUGAACGAAGGGCAAGUAAAGACGUGUCCACCCCCGACAUACCCACGAGAGUCAGAACUCCUAAACCGGAGGCAAUCGGUAAACUCGAUAGAAGCUUCAAAUUUCCAACAUCUGUUCCCAAUAGUGCCAAUAGCCUGACCUCUUCACGCUCGGGUGAUGGCCGAACAUCAUUGCAAGCCUCACGAUCGGUACAAUCGUCAGAUUCACCCAUUGCAUCGUCAGUCCACGAGAUGGAUGAUGAAUAUGUCAAGGCCGUAUCGUCCUCGUCUAUAAAGGCUCCGGCGUCGUACGAAGAGACCACGAUUGCUCACGCUCCCGAGAUCGCUUCCCCGACAGUUUUAACCAACUCAGAACCAGUGCCAACGGAUGCUCCUCUAGCCUCGCCGAAGUCUGCUGCAAAAUCAAAUGGUCAUGAAGUACACCAGGAGGACCCAUCGGGGCUCAAAGCCAUGUCCAUCGACGACGCCGUGAAGGAUUUUCAUCGAGCAAUACAAACUCCGGAAUCGGUCGACACGCCUACUCGACCUGAGGACGCCCACUUCUCUGACACGGCAGAACCUUCACCGGUCACACCUCAGGAAGAAGCGUCUCCUGCCUCGUCGCCUGAAGAUGUUCCACUCGGAUCCCCAGUCGAUCACCUUGAGAGGAGAGACUCGAAAUUGGCGACGAAUCCCUCCCCUUCCCCGGCUGGACAUCCCGCGGCUGAGGACAUACCACCAAUUGCGCCUAGAAGGAAAGUGUCACUUGCACCGAGAGUCAAGUCAUCAGAAGUGAUAGAACAAAAGCAUGGUGCAGGAACUCCUGUCCCAGCUGAAGGCUCGGCCCCGGCGGGUCAUGGAUUCCGAAUACUCGUACUGAUUGCAGCUGGCAGAUCCGGGUCACGAAGUAACAAGCCGUCUGGGGGUACGGUGGGGAAACAUGGGAGCCCCAUAAUCGACUCAUCCGACUCCGUGGCAAGGUUUUAG